CCGGCCUCAGAUCUCUCGCAAUAUGGCGGCCGCUGCCGGCCGGAAGUCCCGCCCCUCCGCGCGGGGCCCCGGGAGACUUCCGGUCUGCAGCGGCCGCCAUAUUGCGAGAGAUCUGAGGCCGGCGCCAUACAGGAAGUGCCUACGGGCGUUGUCAUGGCAACGGUGCGGCCUACUCCGCUCCGUGAGGCCUCGGCGGGGUUCGGGCCCGGCCCGUCCCUCGUUGUCCCUCCUCGGGGCAGCGUUUACACCGAGCACAAAUAAACCGCAGCUAAAGAGCCUCGAUCGUUCGGGUUUGAAAAUGCGGGAGCGGCUGCUGCUGCUGCUGUGCGCGUUGGCGAGGCGGAGGGGAAUGGCAGGACGGUGGGACGGGCCGCAGCGCCGGGCCUGGCUCCGGUAUUACUACAGCCAACGGCAGAAACGGCUGAUGACGCUCCUGAUCGCUCGCCGGAGGAGAACCAGCUGCUACUUCUAUCCCCGCGCCUGGCCCAGCCUGAGGGGCGCAGACUGGUGGGAGCGGGUGGUCCUGAAGGAAUUUGGCCCCCAGGACUGGUUGGAGAAGUUCCGCAUGACCCGGGAGACCUUCUUCUACGUCUGCAACCGCCUGCGGCCGGGGCUGGCCCCGCACAGCGCCCACUUCCACCCCACGCUGCCCCUGGAGAAGCGGGUGGCCGUGGCCCUGUGGCAUUUGGCCUCUAACGUGGAGUACCAGACUCUCAGCCCGCUGUUUGGCGUCGGGCCCUCCACGGUGCAGACGUGUGUGCGGGAGGUGAGCUACGCCGUGGUGCUGCUGCUCAAACCCCUCUACCUCCGUCUGCCCGACGAGAAGGAGCUGGAGAACAUGGUGCGCAUCUUCCGCACCCGCUGGGGCUUCCCACACUGCAUCGGCGCCCUGGACAGCCUGCACAUCCCCAUCAACCCCCCCCCGCGCCUCAGCGCUGACUACUGCAACGGGCAGGGCUGGCACUCCAUCCUCACUCAGGCCACCGUGGACGGGCUGGGCCAGUUCUGGGACGUCUCCACGGCUUUUCCGGGCAGCAUGGAGAACAGCGCCGUGCUGGAGAGCUCCAGCCUCUGGGUGCUGGCCAAGGAGGGCCGGCUGUGCCCCAACCCGCCCAAGGACUUCAUGGGCAAGGCGCAGAAGUACGUGCUGCUGGGUGACGCCACGUACCCCCUGCGGGACUGGAUCCUCAAGCCCUACCGGGAGGACGGGAGCCUCACCCGGCGGCAGCUGCGCUUCAACUACCGGCUCAAGCGGGCGCACAGCGUGAUCGAGAACGCGUUCCUGCGCCUCAAGGCGCGCUGGCAGAUCCUGCUCAAGUGCGACGACUGCAGCCUGGAGCUGCUGCCCACCCUGGUCCUGGCCUGUUGCGUCCUGCACAACGUGUGCGAGGCCCACGACAACCCGUUCAACCAGGACUGGCUGGAGGGCGCCGAGCCCACCGAGCUGCCCAGGCCGUGCCAGCCCGCGCCCACAGCCAUGGAGGACGGGAGGGCUGAGCAAGUGCGAGAGCUGAUGUGUCAGUACUUUGAGAGCUGCGGGGACGGCUGAGGGCCAUGGGGGGACACACCGGGCUCCUCCCUGUGCCCCGUGGGUCGGGGCCGAUGCUCGGUCCGUGUUGGUUCUGUUGGAUGCAGCUCCCGGCUGGGCCGUGCUGGAUGUGAUUAAUGUGAUGGUGUGUCAAUAAAGCAGGUUUGACAUGGA